GAGCGGUGUCCGCUAAGGCGCCGCUAGUGCUGGGUGGAGCAUGGACAUCGCACGUGUAGGGAUUACGCUGAACACCCACACCUUGCCACACCGGACUGUCCUUCAUCCCGACGGUGAACCGCUCAGUAUUCGGAGGGUGCAUAGAGACGCGAGAACUGAAGAACUGAUGCGCAUGGGGCGUUUCGGAUCUGGUCUGCCAAAAUGUGCGGUCUUUCGGACUCUGAGCGCGUCGCUACAUAGCUGCUCUGCAUCGUACAUGCAAUACUACGACUCGUCUAACGAGCGGAAGCCUGAGGAUACUGUCGUCUUUAUGCGACGUGGGCGCAGACGAUGCAGGAAGCCAGCGGCAGCUGUCCAUGUCAACGCUCGUGCUAGCGUCGCGAGUCUCCAGACUUGCCUAGGCCCGCCACUAGUGCCGACUUGAGUGCCACUCUAUAUUAGCCAUUAAGCUUCAUGACGAGUCUCCGCACUUCGAUGUCAAUUGAGCUCUGAACGGUGAAAUCAGGUGUCCGCUAGAGCAGUGAGAAUGUGGCCUGGGACUCCGAGUCGGAGGAAAGGAGAGAACGCGAGAAAGGAAGCUCAGUACAAAGUCAAACGCUUGCUGAUGUACCGGUACGUACUGGUACGUACCGUACGUGUUUCACACGUGAC